AUGGGAGCAGUGUUCCGUUUACUGUCUGCUGUUGAAGAAUCUAAAGGUUUUUGGACUAUUCAGUUGCAACUGACUGAUGAAGAAGAUGAAACACUGAAGAAACUAGCGGAACAUAUGAAAGACGAUGUAUUCGAUGUAACACCGAUUGUAAGUUUGGGAAAUCUCAUGCUAAUCUUGGCAAAAUAUGACAAAGCUGAACAAUAUUACCUGUCGCUGCUUAAUGAUCCUAAUUUUACAGCAAAAUAUCCCGAUCAUGAAUAUGUUUAUGAUUUCUUGGGACUAAUUUACGAGAAGACUGGUCUGCUUGGAAAAGGUGUUGAAUAUUUGGAAAAAUCACUUGAAAUGAAAUUAAAACAAUAUUCCGCAACCGAUCCCCGUUUAGGUCCUACGUAUAAUAACCUGGGAGAGAUCUGUCGUAAACAGGGCGACUUUGAAAAGGCACUAACUUAUUCCAAUAAAGCUUUGGAAAUAAAUUUAAAUGAACCCAAUCCAAAUGAGUAUAUACUCUCUAUCGACUAUAAUAACAUUGGAUCAGUGUAUGAUGAUCAGAAGCGUUACGCAGAAGCAUUGGAAAUGUAUAAGAAAUCGCUCGAACUCAGAAUGAAAGUUCAUCCGCCAAAUCAUCCUUCCAUUGCCACAGUAUACAACAACAUCUCACAAGUUUAUAGCUCACUCAAAAAGUACGAUGAAGCAGUUGAGUAUUUGAACAACUCACUUCAAAUUCGUUUAAGCUCCCUUCCACCUAAUCAUCCGUCGUUAGCUACAAUCUACAACAACCUCGCUUCCACAUUGUAUAAGCAAGGUAAAGUAGAAAAAGCUUUGCAACACAUAAAGACAGCGUAUGAAAUUUUUUCAAAUAAUUUCACACCUGAUCAUUCGCUUGUUAUCAGAGCUCGUGAAUGGAUUACUCUUAUGGAGAAAGAAACCAAUGAAAAUACGAAGGAAGAAAUUUAAAACUAAUAUUAUUGCUUCUCAAUUGCGAUGGAUUUCUAGUGUGUCUUUUUUGCCACAUCUAUGCCACUUCUCCACAAUAAAAGGUUCAUUGUAAUAUGUUCUAUCCACAGCUGCAUUACACCGAUGAGUGUGGGUGUGGGUGAGUGUAAGUGUGGGUGUGGGUGAGUGUAAGUGUGGGUGUGGGUGAGUGUAAGUGUGGGUGUGGGUGGGAGUCAGUGUGGGCGCGGGGGGGAGUCAGCGCGGGCGGGGGCCAGGG